CUUUCAGAAUGUGCCUACUGUUUCUAUCAUCUCUUGGAAGCUUCGUCGCAACUUUGCUGUUCUCUGUUCAUCCUGUACACACCGAAGCAGUAGCUGGAGUAGUCGGUAGAGCGGAGCUUCUUUCAGCCAUCUUUUUUCUCAGUGCCUUACUGUGUUACGUCAGAAAUAGGCACGCUUCCCAUGCAGAAGACUUGUGGAGGACUGUAGUGACACUGAUAUUAACAACAGCCGGGACUCUCUGUAAAGAACAAUGUUAUACUGUUCUAGCAGUGUGUUGCCUUCUGGAAGUUCUGAAACUACGGGUGAGUACUGUCUUCUGGAAGUUCUGAAACUAUGGGUGAGUAUUGUCUUCUGGAAGUUCUGAAACUAUGGGUGAGUAUUGUCUUCUGGAAGUUCUGAAACUACUGGUGA